AUGGCCUUCUCUUCAUACCAUCUUCCAAUCGCUCUGCUCAUUCUCUCGGUUGCCAGCCACCUUCCAAUUCUAGCAUCGUGUAGUAGCAAUGGCUUUUCUAUAGAGCUCAUCCAUCGCGACUCCCCCAAGUCGCCGCUCUAUGACCCCAAAUCCACAUAUUCAUCCCGCAUACGUGCGGCAGCUGACCGCUCUCGUUCCCGUGCCAUCUACUUUCGUGAUGCCAUCCACAAGUCCCGUAGUUCUUCCUCUGCACUUCCCAUGGAUGAUGCCGACAACUUUUACUCAGAGAUCACCCCAAACACCUUCGAGUACUUGAUGAGCUUCUACCUUGGUACACCAACAAAGAAGAUCCUCGCCAUCGCUGACACAGGCAGUGAUCUCAUAUGGGUCCAAUGCGCCCCGUGCAAUGAAUGCUACUCCCAAACUGCCCCUCUUUUUGACCCGCAAGCUUCAUCUACAUACAAAACAAUCUCCUGUAAUACCGACCCUUGCUCGAUACUACCACAAAGCAGUUGCGGCCCCUCCUUGCAGUGCUACUAUCAAUAUGGAUAUGGUGACAGGUCAAUCGUCGAAGGCUACCUCUCCACGGAGACAAUAGGUUUUGACUCUACCAGCGGUCGUCCAGUGCAAAUCCCCACAACUCUCUUUGGGUGCACCCAUCAGAGCAAUGGCACUUUUGACAAGAAUGAUGCUGGCCUCGUUGGUUUAGGUGGAGGAAAGCUCUCACUCAUCCGCCAACUCGGCUCUACCAUUGGGAGCAAGUUUUCCUACUGCUUGCCCUCGUCAACCCAAACAUCUGAAACGAGCAAGCUCAACUUUGGCUCCAAUGCAGUUGUCUCUGGCUCUAACGCUGUUACCACACCCUUGAUCUCCGGUUCUCCGGACACAUUCUACUUUCUUAGCCUUGAGCACAUCAGCGUGGCCGGAAAGACAGUUACUGUCGAGAAGCCCACACAAACCAAGGCGCCUGCCCAAGGCAACAUCAUCAUUGACUCUGGCACGACUCUAACACUCCUUGAUGAUAACACAUUGCAAUCCGUGGAGAGCAACGUGAAGAGCAGCGUUAGCCUUUCCCAAGUCACAGAUCCAAAUGGCGUCUUCAACCUUUGCUUUGAUGUCUCUGGAAGUGGAGCUUCCGCUAAGUUUCCAGAGAUCACCUUCCAAUUUUCUGGUGGGGCGUCAGUGGUCUUGCAACAAUCCAAUGCAUUUGUGGAAGCUUCUCAAAAUAUUGUGUGCCUUGCAAUGGUCUCUAGUGGAAGCACCCCAGAUUCUAUCAGCAUAUUUGGUAAUAUUGCACAACAAAACUUUCAUAUUGGCUAUGACCUUUCCAGCAUGCAGCUCACCUUUGCGCCGACCAAUUGCUCUACACUAUAG